AUGACGAGCAAUUCAGAUCUGAAUCUGAUGAAGAACUCAAUGACGAUCUCGCUAAAAGCUAGAAGGAUGUACGUGAAGUACUCAUCCAGGCUUGGACAAGAGAACACGUUGCUGAUAAAAGAGAAACAGCAUCUUGAAGCACAUAUCAAAUCAGUGCAAGUUGAGCUACAUGCUGAAAAGAAACUUAGUGAGGAGAAUGUAUCGCUGAUGAAAGAGAAACUGAUUAUGGCCACCAAAACUGAUCUAUUGGAGAAGGAACUGCAUGCUGAGAAGGAAGUAUAUGCACAGAUUCAAGCGAAAUUGGAUCUUCAAUACAAGAAAAUUCAUAUGUUUGCUCGUGCCAAACAACUUGACAAGAUCUUGUCCUAUGGACGAACUGAGAAAUCCCACAGAGGCUUGGGUUAUACUGGAAUAGGUAUGGACACUUCAAAGCCUUAUGUUACAAGUUCUGGGAAAGGGUGA